AUGGUUAAACAGCCGGUAAAACAACUCGAACCGUCCAACGCCAGCGUUAUGGUUGAGCAAGGUAUUGCUCCAGAUACCUUCAGCGACGGACUGCCCCUUCCCAAGAUGAUGGUGUUCGAUUUGGAUUACACGCUUUGGCCGUUUUGGGUAGAUACACAUGUAUCGCCGCCUUUGAAAGCCAAGGAGGGAGGGGCCAAAUCCGUAGAUCGAUGGGGUGAGUCGUUCACCUUCUAUCGCGACGUGCCCGGUAUCCUUCACGCCGCCAAAGCGCUCCCUACGCCGCUGCUGCUUGGUACAGCUUCUCGUACCCACGCUCCAGACCUCGCAAAUACCCUUCUCAAGCAGCUUCACGUACAACCUAAUAACAAGCGCGCCAUUGAGUACUUCGACCACAUGCAGAUCUUUCCUGGGGACAAGAAGCAGCAUUUCUCCAAGAUACAUAAAGCGAGUGGGGUGCCGUAUGACCAAAUGCUCUUCUUCGAUGAUGAGGUACGGAAUCGGAAUGUGGAGAGCCUGGGAGUGGUGAUGUGCUUGGUCAGGGAUGGAGUUACGAGGGCAGAGGUGGAUAGAGGGGUCAGGGAAUGGAGGAGAAGGUAUGGGAAGGAGGUGAAGGAGUCAUGA